GUUUCAUUUCGUUUUCGUUCCCACUUUCAUUCCUGAAAGAGUGAAUCACUCCAUCAUCUCGUCUCUGGGACUUCAAUCGCACAAUCGAAACGUCGUCGGAAUGGCCGGAGGAGGACAUGGACACGGCACUACUUUCAAAGGCAUCACUGUGCACCAUCCCAAGCGGUGGCACGCGGUCACCGGAAAGGGCAUGUGCGCCCUUAUGUGGUUUUGGAUUCUAUACAGGGCCAAACAGGAUGGUCCUGUAGUGUUGGGCUGGAGGCAUCCUUGGGAAAGUCAUGGCGAUCACUCACAUGAUCAUGGGCAUGAACAUUAGCUAAGGUGUCUUUUUGACAAGCGGAGAAGCAGAAGUGAGAACUUUCUGAUGUGCUCGUGCUGUGAAGGUCUUUUGGGGGGAUUUCUCAUGCAGUUGCCUAUCGGGUUAAAUGUUUGAAAGGAAAAACAUUCUGAACUUGAUGAUGUAAUGCACUGGUUUCCAUAUCCUGUUUCCUAAGAUAGUUUUCCUUUGAGAAAUAAUGCAGCUUUGGAAUAUUCUGCAAUGGAAUUAUGUGUCCUCGUAAUUGAACUAUUUUCAGUUGAAGCAUCUGACUUUGAUCCGUGACUCUGGGUCUAGAGCAGUUGAAGCUCAUUAAACGUUGUACUAAAUACAAAUUUGUAAGCAUCUGACUUUGUUCCCUUUUUUUUU